AUGGAUAUCGUUCUCGAGGCAACACACUGCCGGUCUAAUUGGUUAGACAAACGAGCAAUACUUCGUGAAUGCCGUCAUACACUGUGGACUCCCGCACAAGACUUGUCUAUAAUACUCCUCCGACCUGGGAUGAUGUCAUGGAGCAAACAACGAGAAAAGCUUCACAUUUGUAGUGACGAAUUGACAGACCUUGGUAUUCACUUCCUCUGA